CGUGCUAAUACGUACUGUUGUAAAGUGAAGGCAAGAGCCAKGGAGCCAAAACAAAACCUAGGUGACAUUUUCAACAAAACUAAAAAUCUUGCAUCCUUUGCUGUACCCCAAAUCACGUCAACGCCAAGCGCCAACUCGACAUAGUGCACAUGAUGGAAUCCCCUUUGUUGUCGGAUGCGAGCCGAGAUGUUGGGCGAAACGAACGCCAGAAUUUGAUACCCCGAACUUCCGAAUCCCCCUCUUGUUCUACUCCAAGGGAACAGCAAGAGAUUCACCAAAAAGUUCUCAAAAAGAAUGCGAGGCCUGUGCUUUUGUUUCUCCUAGCGCUACUCCUCAGUGCGAUCUAUUGUGAAAUUCCRUCUAAUCUACCYUCAACGGAAAGUCCCRGAAGCUCCGGGAAGAAAAAGCUCUCUGGGUKGGAGAUUGCUCCUUGCGAUGGAUAUCCUUGCUUCGAAGCAGCAGAAAUCCAUGUCCCAACUACGAGUUCGGGCUUUCCAUCUUUUUUAAAUUAUGCAAACAGAGGCCCUAUAUCUAUYGGUUACGACARCAGAUCUCUGAAAAUCAAUGGCGACCGUGUUUUCUUCCUGGGUGGAAGCAUGCACCCUGCGCGAGCUACGUUGAAAACAUGGAAACUUGCUCUUGACGAAGCUGUUGAAAUCGGACUUAAUUUGAUCACGAUUUACGUGAUGUGGUCGGACCACCAACCGAUCAAGAACAGAGAAAUCGAUUGGACCUUUCCAGAUUGGUCGUCUCCCGAAAACGGUGCGUGCCGCRAUUUUGUCGCCGACGGGUCGUGCAGUGAUUGGAAUCUCGCGGAAGCGAUCCGAAUGGCAGGCAACCAUGGGUUGUUUGUUCAUCUCCGGAUCGGUCCCUAUGAUUGUGCCGAGUAUAGUUAUGGUGGAUUCCCAGAGUGGUUGCUUUUGGAAAAACCCCAUAUGCAGCUUCGACGACCCAACCGAGAGUGGCUGAAAAGUAAGUUAUUGUUGAAGCUAUCAACGACAAAACUCGAAAAGGGGUAGCUUCCGAUGCUCACGGUUUUUCUUGCGUGUUCUAUUAAAAAGCUAUGGAGUCYUUUGUGUCCAAUAUCAUUGAUUAYAUAAGCGACAACAGUCUUUGGGCACACCAGGGUGGACCGAUUGUAAUAAGUCAGAUUGAGAACGAACUUGGUUCCGGCGAUGACAAUGGUGAUAAAAUCACAGGUGUCGAUAGAGAUGACAAUGGCUKGUUGUACAUUGAUGACGCCGGCAAUUUUGUAGACCCACCCACKGAACAAACUGCCGGCACGAUUCGAAAGGCGACGCUUCAAGACUAUGCCGACUGGUGCGGAGCCAUUGCCAAAAAAUAUGCACCAAAUGUUACGUGGACGAUGUGCAACGGACUUUCGGCGAACAACACCAUCCAUACUUGCAACGCAGUGAACAACGGAGCCCAAUGGCUMGAAAGCCACGGUGGCAAUGGUCGGAUCCAGGUAAGCGAAGGACUGCAAUUCCCCGCUAUUUGAUUUUCUGCUAAUUUUUCAGAGCCACUGAUUUCGUUGUUUUCUCCCAACAUCAUCGCGGCACUUCUCCUUUCAGGUGGACCAACCCCCCCUUCGUACGUAGAAAUUGUUUGGAUAAGCMACGUAGCCGGCUUUCGUUGUUUCGUUCUCACCCGCCGUCUUCCUUCUUGCUCACGUUGAUCUUUGAACGAAAGUAACCGAAUUUGAAGGUUAGUUUUUGAAAGGUGUAUGCACAUUCCUUUUUGCUCUGAAUUGUUUUGUUUURUUUGUUUUGGAAAAGUUUUUUUGCUUUCGCUAAAAGCUUUUGCACCUAUUAUUUUUGUCAUUUGGUAUGUUUUAGAGGGGUUUCAAGAUUGGGGUGAAACGC